AGUCAAUGUUUAAAUUGUCAAUUCUGUUAACAUCCGUGCAAAACUGAAACUUAACCAAAUUAUAUAUUAGUACAGACUCAUUCAAUAUUACGAAAUCUCGAGUUCCAACAUAAUGCACUAUUGAUACGAUAUUGCAUCUUCGACGUGAAAUUAUCAUGCUAUUAAGAAAUGUUUGGUGCGCAGCAGAGUUAACUGGGUGCUGCAAACAACUAUUAUCAAAAAAAAUUGGGAAUGUAAGGUAUGCUCAGUGGGAACUACGACAAUCCUUCCAUAAUGCCAACCGCAGAUCAAGACGUCCACGUAUUGAACCAAAUCCUUUUACUUUACCUCAAAUUGAAUCAGGGCCUCUAAAUACUAGUUCGUUAAUAAAACCAUUAUUAUUUACCAUAGGGGUAACAACGGCUAGUUUAACUACUUGUGUUAUAUGGGAAUAUGAAAAUGUUAGAUCUCAUGCAACUGCCUUACUCAAGAGACCAAGCACCUGGUUGAAUGGUCAGAAACGUAUAGGAAAUCAUAAAUCAGAGCCAGGCCCAAUAAAAAAAUGGUGGAAAUCUCUAAAAACAAGUGAAAAAGUUUUCUAUCCAAUUCUAGCUGCCAAUUUGUUAGUGUUUGGUGCUUGGCGUGUGAAGUCAUUACAAUCUUUUAUGAUUAGAUAUUUUUGUUCUAAUCCAUCAGGCAGUUCAGUGUGUCUCCCAAUGGUUCUCUCAACAUUCAGUCAUUAUUCAGCAUUUCAUUUAGCUGCUAAUAUGUAUGUGUUGUACAGUUUUAUGCCAGCGGCAAUGGCAUCAUUAGGAAAGGAGCAAUUUGUGGCUAUGUAUAUGAGUGCUGGUGUUAUUAGCAGUUUUGCCAGUGUUCUCUAUAAGGUCUUGCUCAACCAGCCUGGCCUAAGUCUCGGGGCGUCGGGCGCAAUUAUGUCAGUGUUGUCAUAUGUGUGUGUACAAUAUCCUGACACCAGGCUGAGCAUCAUAUUUUUGCCAAUGUUUUCAUUUGCCGCUGGUUCGGCAAUCAAAGUUAUUAUGGGUGUUGACUUGGCUGGUGUUGUACUUGGGUGGAAAUUUUUCGACCAUGCUGCUCAUCUAGGUGGAGCAUUGUUUGGCAUGGCCUGGUGUUAUUGGGGAGGUCUUCACAUUUGGGGAAACAGGGACAAGUUUCUUCAGUAUUAUCACAAUUUACGGAAGGAUUCCAGAUAGUAUAAUGAUUGUCAAUAUCAAAAACUAAAUGCUGUUAAAAGCUAUUUAUUUUAUAACAUGUUCAGAUUCUGGUUAUUUUGAUAGAUUUAAUUUAUAAUCAAAAGUUAA